UGGCUCACUCUCCGUGUGGAUCCCCUGAGCCAUUGGCUUCGAGUGGCUUCGACAGCCCGGGGAGAGAGAAAAAUGGGAAACAGCAUGCGAUCUACCCCGGCGCCUCCCGAGAGGCCUCUGCCUAGCCCAGAGGGACUGGACAGCGACUUCCUGGCUGUGCUGAGUGACUACCCGUCUCCUGACAUCAGCCCCCCGAUAUUCCGCCGUGGGGAGAAACUGCGUGUGAUUUCUGAUGAAGGGGGCUGGUGGAAAGCCAUUUCCCUUAGCACUGGUCGAGAGAGCUACAUUCCUGGAAUAUGUGUGGCCAGAGUUUACCAUGGCUGGCUGUUUGAGGGGCUGGGCAGAGACAAAGCUGAGGAGCUGCUGCAGCUGCCAGACACGAAGAUCGGCUCCUUCAUGAUCAGGGAGAGUGAGACCAAGAGAGGUUUUUAUUCGCUCUCGGUUAGACACCGGCAGGUGAAGCAUUACCGCAUCUUCCGUCUGCCAAACAACUGGUAUUACAUUUCCCCAAGACUCACCUUCCAGUGCCUGGAGGACCUGGUGAACCACUAUUCUGAGGUGGCCGACGGCCUCUGCUGUGUGCUGACCACGCCCUGCCUCACUCAGACCACGGCUGCCCCAGCAGUGAGGGCCCCCGACGCACCUGUCACCUUGCGCCAGAAGACCUUCGACUGGAAGAGGGCGUCCAGACGGCAAGAUGACCCGGAGGGGGCUGAGAACCCACUCAGUGUGGAUGAGUCCCUUUUCAGCUACGGCCUUCGGGAAAGCAUCGCCUCCUACCUGUCCCUGACCGGGGAUGACAGCACCUCCUUCGAUCGAAAGAAGAAAAGCGUCUCUUUGAUGUACAGUGGAAGCAAAAGAAAGAGCUCUUUCUUCUCGUCAACGCCGUACUUUGAAGACUAGCCCGAGAACAGACAACAUGGUGUUUGCACAAAGUAACAGAGGUUCAAACUGUCACCUGGGAUCUUGCAGAAAGGCACGGUUUCCUGGUCCCUGGGGAACCCCACAUCUUCCAGAAGCCAAGAGAAGCCACAUGGAGAAUUGAACUCU